ACCUGUACUGGUCGCUACUCAGCUUGGCUCAUUUCAUUUCUCAUGGUCUUUCUCCCUCUCUAAUCCAUGGCGUCACUGCCACCCCACUGCCAUUACACCUCCUCUAACCACCACAAAAUGUCCUAUCCCGUCGUUUGUCCUUGCCGGAGCUUGAAUUCCACUCUUCCUAAAACUCUCAUCAUUUGCAAGAAUUCGAAAAACGAGUCGGCGUUCGAAGAGAGAAAGCAAGUUUUAGUAGACUACGACAACGGCAAACACGAAAUUCGAACACUCGUUAACGGGCUCAGGAAACAAGAUAUUCCCAGGCGGUACCAAUUGCGAGUUAAGGGCGAACGAUUCCAGAAGGACUGGACGGUCACUGAAGUCGUACAAAGGAUUCUGAAGCUACAACGCUCUGGUGAUGUCGAGGCUUUGCUAAAUUGCUGGGUUGGACGAUUUUCUCGAAAGAAUUAUCCUGCUCUUAUGAAGGAGUUGACUCAAAUUGGUUCCAUUGAACACUGUGUUCAAGUAUUUGAUUGGAUGAAGAACCAGCGGAAUUAUUGUGCCCGUAACGAUAUCUACAAUAUGAUGAUAAGGCUGCAUGCCAGACAUAACCGAAUUGAUCAAGCUCGUGGUUUGUUUUUUGAAAUGCAAAAAUGGAGAUGCAAACCUGAUGUCGAGACCUACAAUGCCCUAAUCAAUGCACAUGGUAGAGCAGGUCAAUGGCGUUGGGCAACGAAUAUAAUGGAAGACAUGCUACGUGCAGCUAUCCCUCCUAGUCGAUCGACGUUUAAUAAUUUAAUAAAUGCAUGUGGAUCUUGUGGAAAUUGGCGAGAAGCUUUGAGAGUUUGCAAGAAAAUGACAGACAAUGGGGUUGGUCCUGAUCUUGUGACCCACAAUAUUGUUCUAUCUGCGUACAAAAGUGGGGCUCAGUAUUCAAAAGCUUUGUCAUAUUUUGAAUUGAUGAAAGGCACAAACAUCCGACCUGACACCACUACACUUAAUAUUGUGAUUCAUUGCUUGAUAAAGGUCAAGCAAUAUGGACAAGCCAUUGAAAUCUUUAGUUCCAUGCGGGAGAAGAGGUCUGAAUGUCGUCCCGACGUUGUGACAUUCACAAGCAUCAUUCAUCUUUAUUCUGUUCGUGGACAGAUUGAAGAUUGUAAAGCUGUAUUUAGUACAAUGCUGGCGGAAGGCAUAAAACCUAACAUUGUUUCGUAUAAUGCUUUAAUAAGUGCAUAUGCAUCCCAUGGGAUGGAUAAAGAAGCUUUUUCAGUUUUUGAUGAGAUGAAAAGGAGUGGUUUUUGUCCGGAUGUUGUAUCUUAUACAUCUUUAAUUAGUACAUUUGGAAGAUCUCAGCAGCCUGCUAGGGCUAGAGAAGUGUUUGAUAUGAUGAAGAGAAACAAAUGUAAGCCAAAUCUUGUUAGCUACAAUGCACUGAUGGAUGCAUAUGGAUCAAAUGGCUACUUACCUCAAGCUGUUGACAUCUUACGUGAGAUGGAACAAGAUGGAAUUCAUCCAAAUGUUGUUUCCAUAUGCACCCUCUUGGCUGCUUGUGGACGAUUUGGUCAAAAGGUGAAUAUAGAUUCUGUGCUUUCAGCUGCUGAGCUUCGGGGAAUUCAUUUGAACACUAUUGCGUGUAAUUCAGCUAUUGGGAGCUAUAUGAAUAUUGGUGAAUAUGAAAAGGCAAUUAAUUUGUAUAGAUCAAUGGAGAAUAAGACUACUAAACCAGACUCUGUCACAUUUACUAUCUUGAUAAGUGGUUGUUGUAGGAUGUCAAAAUAUGAAGAAGCACUCUGCUUUUUCAAAGAAAUGUUAGAUUUAAGAAUUCCUUUGUCCAGUGAGAUCUACUCUUCUAUGAUCUGUGCCUAUAGUAAGCAGGGUCAACUUGUGAAAGCAGAAUCUUUGUUCAAUUCAUUGAAGGGGAGUGGUUGUUGUCCUGAUUUAGUUACAUAUACAGCAAUGAUAAAUGCAUAUAGUGCAUCUGAGAUGUGGGAAAAAGUUUGCGCCUUAUAUCAGGAAAUGGAAGCAAAUAACAUUCAACUAGAUUCUAUAGCAUGCUCCGCGUUGAUGAAAGCAUUUAAUAAGGGAAACCAGGCUUCCAACGUUCUUAUUUUGGCAGAAAUUAUGAAGGAGAAGGGAAUUCCUUUCAAUGAUGCCAAUUUCUUCGAAAUGUUGUCAGCUUGUAGCAUACUGCGGGAUUGGAGGAAAGCUACAGACUUGAUAAAUCUGAUGGAGCCUUCUUUUCAUCUUGUUUCACUUGGAACUAUUAACCAUCUUCUGCAGUUUCUGGGAAAAAGUGGAAAGACGGAGAUUAUGAUAAAGCUGUUUUACAGAUUCGUGGCAUUGGGAUCCAGUGUCAAUAUCAAUACUUACUCAAUCUUGUUGAAGAACCUUUUGUCUGCUGGAAAGUGGAGAAAAUACAUUGAGGUAUUGCAGUGGAUGAAUGAUGCAGGAAUUCAACCGUCUCAUGCAAUGUACAAUAACAUACUUUUCUUUGCACAACAUUGUGGUGAUGCUGAGUACGCUGCUGUCAUCAAAGAAAGAGUUGAAUCUCUAAAGAGAUAGCCAGGAGCAAACUUUGUCUUCGUAUCCUUCCAUUUUAUCAGAUAAGGUGUUAAUAUGCGUCUACCCCCUAUGAGGGUGCAGCACAGCGGUUGGAAAUCUUGUUGAGAGAUACAACAGGUGAUUUUGCCACCAAAGUUUCUAUGUUCAUAGCUGGAAUUUCCGUAAUCACAUCGUGAAGAGGGAUUUUGAAGAAGUGAUGUUUAUAGCUGGAAUUUGUCAGCAUUUAUCAAGGAUGGCACAAUCUAGCAUUUCUUAUGUAGCUGCAGUGAUGUACGUGGGAUAGAGGAGUUGAACUUCUAACCUCAAGGUCGAUAAUACGAGCUCUACAUUAGUUGAUUUAGUGCUCGCUUUGGCAAGGUCUCUUGUUUAUAGCUCAAGUUCCUUGAGAAGUUUGUCCUCGUUAUAUGUAAUGUAAAGUUAUAACCAGCUGUAUCAGAUGUUUGUAAUGCAAUCUUCUAUAUUUCAAUAAGACAUACUGUUUAAAUGCAAGAGCUCUCUUAUAAUGACUCUUCAA